AUGGCCAAGUUGGUAAGGCACCUCACUAGUAAUGAGGAGAUCGUCAGUUCGAAUCUGGCUGAAGGCAUUUUUUUUCUCAUCGUGUUUUUCUUGACAUUUUUUAUCGUAGUUUUUUUCUUGUCUCACCAUUUUUUCUUGUCACGCCUACCACCCCUCGGAUACAUUGACAUUUACGAUUGA